AUGGAGCUGAAGGAGAACACCUCCAUCGUGGUGCUUGGCGCGUCCGGCGACUUGGCCAAGAAGAAGACUUACCCCGCGCUUUUUGGACUGUUCCGAAAUCAAUUUCUGCCCAAGGAUGUCAAGAUUGUUGGGUAUGCUCGAACCAAGAUGGAUCAUGAGGAAUACCUCAAACGCAUCAAGUCCUACAUCAAGACUCCCACCAAAGAAAUUGAACAACAGCUUGAGUACUUCUUGGCGCUUUGCACAUACGUCUCCGGUCAGUACGACAAGGAUGAGUCAUUCCAAAACCUCAAUAAGCACUUGGGCGAGCUGGAGAAGGGUCGUCCCGAGACCAACCGACUGUUUUACAUGGCUCUGCCUCCGAGCGUUUUCACUAUAGUAUCCCAGCACCUGAAAAGAUGCUGCUACCCGAAAAAGGGCAUCGCCAGAGUCAUUGUCGAGAAACCAUUCGGCAACGAUUUAGCGAGUUUUCGUGAACUGCAAAAGUCACUCGAACCCGAUUGGGACGAAUCGGAACUCUUCCGCAUCGAUCAUUAUCUUGGAAAAGAGAUGGUCAAGAAUAUCCUCAUUUUGAGGUUCGGUAAUUCUUUUCUCGGCGCAACCUGGAACCGCAACCACAUCGACAAUGUCCAGAUUACGUUCAAGGAGCCAUUUGGCACGGAAGGACGUGGUGGCUACUUUGACGAAUUCGGUAUCAUCCGUGAUGUGAUGCAGAAUCACUUGCUGCAGGUAUUGACUCUCCUGGCCAUGGAGCGGCCCAUCUCUUUCGACUCCGAAGACGUCCGUGACGAGAAAGUGCGCGUACUGCGUGCUAUCCCCCCCAUCGAACCCAAGAACGUCAUCAUUGGCCAGUAUGGAAGGUCGCUCGAUGGCAGCAAGCCGGCGUACAAGGAGGACGACACAGUUCCCAAGGAUUCAAGGUGCCCUACUUUUUGCGCUCUCGUUGCAUACAUCAAGAACGAGCGAUGGGAUGGAGUUCCCUUCAUCAUGAAGGCUGGCAAAGCCCUUAAUGAGCAAAAAACCGAGAUUCGGAUUCAGUUCAAGGACGUCACCUCCGGCAUCUUCAAGGAUAUUCCUCGAAAUGAGCUUGUCAUGCGCAUCCAGCCCAACGAGAGUGUCUACAUCAAGAUGAAUUCAAAGCUUCCCGGUUUGAGCAUGCAGACGGUGGUAACUGAGCUAGAUCUUACUUACCGACGACGAUUCUCGGAUUUGAAAAUUCCCGAGGCAUACGAGUCCCUAAUACUAGAUUGCCUCAAGGGAGAUCACUCCAACUUUGUUCGCGAUGAUGAGCUCGAUGCUAGCUGGCGCAUCUUCACCCCUCUGCUUCAUUACUUGGACGACAAUAAGUCAAUCAUUCCCAUGGAGUACCCCUAUGGCUCCCGCGGCCCCGCUGUACUUGAUGACUUCACGGCUUCCUAUGGGUACAAAUUCAGUGAUGCUGCUGGCUAUCAAUGGCCCACGACGGCGGUUUCGCCCCCGAAUAGGUUUUGA